UCGUCUGCUCCAUUAAUAUUUCCAUUUUAAAAACGUAUUACAUACAUGUAUAUCUCUGAUUAUAUUGACGAACUUCCGAUGUUCGUGGGAUACGUAUCGUCCACAUAUUUGUUCGUAUAGUUCUUUUAUUUUUCGUACUAUUUGUAAAAUAUUGUAAAUUGAACUUCCAGUUUUUGUAAAUAAGAAAAUAAAACGCCAAGAUGAAUCCCUGCGAAUGCAUUUUCAAUCAAGAAAUGGCCAUGCGAAGGCUAUUGUCUUUGUUACGUCAAACGCAAUCCGAAUGUACAGACAGCGAAUGUUUAGAUUUGACUAAUUUGAACUUGGGAGACGCGUCUUCGGUAGACAACAGUGUCAUGAUGUAUUCUAUGCUAUGGAUCGCUAUUGGUUUCCUUUUGUAUUUCUUCCGUCCUCCUUCGUUGAGAAACACGAAAAAUAUUUUCAGACGUUCGAACGAUGACAAUGAUAAUAGUCCAGGACCAUCACAAAUGGCUCCAGGAGCGCAAUAAUUAUUCGCGUACGAUGUAGCGAAGUACCCAGAAUGUGAAACCAUUCCCUUUUGAAUUAUUAUUCCUUUUUUUUCUCUUCGAGAUUUAUUUUUUAAUUAUUUCAGUUUAUUUGUAAUUUGUUCUAUUUUUGGGUGUGUGGACGAAUACACACUUGAGUGUGCUUUAAAAAAAUUUGUUAUUAAUGCAAUUGUUUACCAUACUAUUUAUAUAAAAUAUGUAUGAUUUUUUUACAUAUUAUUCUUGUAUAAAAAUACACAUACCUUUUUUUUUUUUCGUUUA